GACGCAUGCGCGCCGCCACUCGCCCGUUCGCUCGGAGCAGCUGGUUUCGUCCCUCAGUUCGGGGAAGUGGGGAGACGAGGAGCCGCCGCCGCCGCCAAGACGGACUUCUUGUGGGACAAGCGCACCGGGCUGGCGGCCAAGAGGAUGCCUCAUUCCAGAAGGUUCCGCUCUUCAGAACGCAGCAGCCGGGGCAGCUUCCACGAGCGUUACAGAAGCCGCAAGCACAAGAGGAGGCGGAGUCGCUCGCGGUCGAGCAGCAGCGAGCGGCGCCACCGCAGGGAAGACAGCUAUCAUGUCCGUUCCCGCAGCUACGAUGACCACUCCUCCGACCGGCGCGCCUACGACCGGCGCUACUGCGACGGCUAUCGGCGAGACGGGUACAGCCGCGAGCGGGGCGACGCCUACUACGAGCCUGACUACCACCACUCCUACGAGUAUCAGCGUUCCCGGGACGGCAGCUACCGCAGUUGCAAAAGCAGCCGCCGGAAGCGACGGCGGAGACGCCGCCGCAGCCGCUCCUUCAGCCGCUCCUCAUCGCGGAGUCAGCAAAGCGGCCGGAGAGCCAAGAGCGUGGAAGACGACGACGAAGGCCACCUCGUCUAUCGCAUCGGCGACUGGCUUCAAGAAAGAUACGAGAUUAUUAGCACCCUCGGAGAGGGCACUUUUGGCCGGGUGGUACAGUGUGUGGAUCACCGCAGGGGCAAUACACGGGUGGCUCUAAAAAUAAUCAAGAAUGUGGAAAAGUACAAAGAGGCAGCUCGGCUGGAGAUCAACGUGCUGGAGAAAAUUAACGAGAAGGAUCCGGAGAACAAGAACCUGUGCGUGCAGAUGUACGAUUGGUUCGACUAUCACGGUCACAUGUGCAUUUCCUUCGAGCUGCUGGGACUCAGCACCUUUGACUUCCUGAAGGACAACAAUUACCUGCCUUACCCCCUCCACCAGAUAAGGCACAUGGCCUAUCAAGUGUGCCUGGCUGUCAAAUUUUUGCAUGAAAACAAGCUCACGCAUACGGACCUCAAGCCCGAAAACAUCCUCUUUGUCAACUCUGAUUAUGAGAUGACCUACAACCUGGAAAAGAAGCGAGAUGAGCGGAGCGUCAAGAACACGGCCGUCCGGGUGGUCGAUUUCGGCAGCGCCACCUUCGACCAUGAGCACCACAGCACCAUCGUUUCCACGCGGCACUACCGGGCCCCGGAAGUCAUCCUGGAGCUCGGUUGGACCCAGCCCUGCGACGUCUGGAGCAUCGGCUGCAUCAUCUUCGAGUACUACAUGGGCUUCACUUUGUUCCAGACCCAUGAUAACAGAGAGCAUCUGGCAAUGAUGGAGCGAAUCCUGGGUCCCCUUCCAUCGAGGAUGACCAGGAAGACCAGGAAGCAGAAAUACUUCUACCACGGCCGCCUGGACUGGGACGAGAACACCUCUGCUGGGCGCUAUGUUCGAGAGAACUGCAAGCCGCUGAGGGACCCCGCCAUCGUACAGCACAGGCCGACGUCGGAUUACGCCACCUUGGAUGUCUACAACCCUUUUGACAACACAGCGCAGCUGCCCCCUCCGUACGCUGCCCCUCCCUCGGCUUCACCGGCCCCCCUUGCGGCACCGCCAGCUCCUGCCUCGCAGCCCGCCAAGAAGCCAAGCCCCACCGAGCCCAAGAAUUACGGCUCCUAUGGCACUCAGGAGUCGACUGCAGCAGCCACGGCGGAGCUGUUGAAACGGCAAGAGGAGCUGAACCGCAAAGCUGAGGAGCUGGACCGGCGGGAGCGAGAACUGCAGAACGCUGCUCUGAGUGGCGGAGCAGCCCAUCAGAACAACUGGCCUCCGUUGCCUUCCUUCUGUCCGGUGAAGCCGUGCUUCUAUCAGGAUAUCCCUGUGGAGAUUCCCGUGGAAUCACAGAAAACGGUCACGACCAUGUACUAUCUCUGGAUGGCUGGCAUUGUGACCCUCUUCUUCAACUUCCUGGCUUCCCUGGCCUUUUUCUGCGUGGAUUCUGGGGGCGGCUCAGGCUUUGGCCUCUCAAUCCUCUGGGCCUUGAUUUUCACACCCUGCUCCUUCCUCUGCUGGUAUCGGCCCAUGUACAAGGCCUUCAGGAGUGACAGCUCUUUCAACUUCUUUGUCUUCUUCUUCAUUUUCUUUGCGCAAGAUGUGGUGUACGUUCUCCAGGCCAUUGGCAUCCCAGGCUGGGGGUUCAGUGGUUGGAUCGUCAGCCUCACAGCGCUGAAGCUGAACACUGGGGUGGCCAUUCUCAUGAUGCUGGUGGCCACACUCUUCACGGUUGUCGCCGGACUCGGCAUCAUCAUGCUGAAGCGAAUCCACUCUCUUUACCGCCGCACGGGCGCCAGCUUCCAGAAAGCCCAGGAGGAGUUUGCCGCCGGCGUCUUCUCCAACCAAGCGGUGCGCACGGCGGCCGCCAACGCAGCGACCGGGGCGGCGAGCAACGCUUUCCGGCCUUCGUAAAGGCGUGCGUGUGUGUGUGUGCGCGCGCAUGUGUUAGAAAUCUGCCGCUGCUCUUCCUCUUCCGGCCCCCUUCCCAACCGGGGUGGGGGCAGCUUCGACCGACAAGCCGAGUUGCACUUUCUCUCUCCUUCUCUCCCUCGUCGGAAGUCCUUCCUGUGUGUGCUGAUUUUAGAAGGCUGUGCUCUCCCUGCCCGCCCGCCCCCCCUCCUUUCACUCCCACGCCCACCGCACCACCACCCAGCAUGGAAUCGGCAACUGCGCCUCAUCUCCUGCAACCGCAACCGUUCUGCGAGAAGUUUUGAACCUCUUCGCCUCGGCGCCGGAGAUUGCAGCAGGGGACCUCUCUGCCUUUUCUCCCGAGGCCGCGUGGAGGAUGGAGGCCUUGCUAGGAGCGACUCUUCAUCUGCCGGAGCCUCUUCACAUGCCCCCACCCCUCCUUCAGCUUAGCCCAGGUGGGGUGAGGCGGGGGCACUUCCCUGAAUUCCCCAAAUUUCUUCCUUUGAGCUGCAACCAUGAGCUGCUGAAUCCUCACAUCUCCCACAAUUCUCUCUGCCUCCCUUGCUUCCUGAUUGGUUGCCCGCUUUGGUUAAAUGGCAAGGCGCUCUGAUGCCUCGAACAUCUUCCCUGCUGGUGGAAAACAGAGCAGGGAGAACUACACUGGCAGGAUAAGGGGUCCUCCUCCUCCUGUUUGGUGCAGAGAGGUGCUUCCUGGACCCUUGUUUGUGUGUGUUUGUGCCCCCCCCCUCUGCACUAUGCAUUUAAAGCAGGAUCACACCGCUUUAUAAACAGCCACGGCUUCCCCCCCCAAAGGAUCAUGGGAAACUAGUCUGUCAAUGGCGCCGAGACCUGUUAGCAGGCCUUCUUUCCCCUCACACAGUUAUUAGAGGGGUUUAGCAAUCGGUCCCUCUUCCCAGGGAACUCUGGGAAUUGUAGUCCUCUAAUGUGUCCUAGUAGCUCCUGGUACGCUUAACAGACUACAGCUCCCAGGAUUCCUUGGGGGGAGCCAAAGUAGCUGCUUAAAGUGGUAUGACACAAAUGUCAAAUGUAUAUAGUGCAGAUUGGGGGCCUGUGAGUGUGGGUCCGUCUGUGGGAGAAGAGGCGCUUGGCUCUUCCUGCUGUGCCCUCUUUAUUAGCUAACUGCUGCGCUCAGAGCGGCCAUUGCUGCUGCUGCUGCUGCACUCCCUUUCUAGGCUCUCUCCUCCACCAAGUUGAUAGGGCUUUUUCUUGCCGGUGCUGGCCACUGGAGGGUGGUGUUGGCCUACAUCUGUUUUAUUUUAGUAAAUCGAACAGUACUGGGUUAUUUCCCUCCCCCUUGUUGUUGUUGAGCUGAACCUUUGUGGGUGACGCCACAGAAUUUCAUCUCCAUGCCUCCUGCUUUCCCCACAUGGCCUGUGGGUGGGGAGCUCUGUGCCCCAAAUCUUUGCACCCCAACUCUCCCUAGGUUUUUCAUCCAUUACAGCCCUGCCUUAUCUUUGAUGUUGUGUGUCCUCAUUUUUUAAAGUGGGGGUGAGGGACUGAUAUAAAUAGGUAUCUGUUUUGGGUUUGGCACCCUUUUAGAGGUUCCCCCGUUCCUUCUCUGCCUCCAGAUCUGAGGGGGGAGCCUGCACCCCACUAUCCGAAUUCCGCUUAAACCGGUCUAUUCCUUCUUUCCGUCCCCAUCUGCACUCGCCUUAUUCUUCUGAACCAUGGCUUAAGGAAAGGAAACAGGUGAGGGUUGGGGGUCUGAGGCCCAGACACGUCCCCUUCCUCUCCCUGUGCCUCGAAGGCCUGCUUUUGUGCCCUGGGAUGCUCUGAAUAGCAAAGAGGACCUGCCGAUUCUUCUCCCCCUGGUCUCCGUUUCACACCUGUGCUCUCUCUGUCUCUCUUUCUCUCAGCUCCUGCCGGUUCCAGGUCUCAGCCCAGAGGCUUUAGAUCCUCUCUUCCGUGGCUCAUUCCGUUUGUUUGACCCCUGAAGGCCGACCGCCCUUCUCCUUUCCCCUGCGUCUGAAAUUACCGGGUCUGUGCCGCGUAGCCAAUGUUUCCCUGACUCACUCGAUGCCCUUCCUCUCCCCCCAUGUUUUGGACUUUCUUGUCCGUGUGUGCGUGGUUCUUCCUCCACCCCGACUUUUUUAUUAUUUAUUUUGCUGUGCCAAAUGCAAGAUGACUUAACGGAACUUUAUUUAAGGAAUAAACUACAUUUUAACUC